UCCCCUAUACGUGCAAGGGAAAUGUGGAAAAUACUCUUUUUUAUAAUAAUGCUUUGACUUUUUAUUUGGUCAAUGAAAGUGGUAAAAAUUCGAUGUUCACUCAUUUACUUCUCCUUUAAUUUGACCAAAUUCGAAGUGUGUAAUGUACAGAGAGCCUUCAGUCGAUAAUAUUUCUCUUUUUGGGAAGACAUAACAGUGAGUAGCAGUCAAGUCAAAUCAAUUCAGUGACACUUUAUUUAGCGUUAAGAGAAGGCGAACUAAAGCAAAAUAACUUUCGUAAUUGAAAAUAUGCAAAGAAUAUGAAAAUUCUGAAACUGGAAUAUAAAUUGCUGAGCCGUGAUGAGAAAACUUCACUUAACGCCGCUCAUUUGCGCCCGGGUACAUCCGUUUCCGCCAAUCUAUCCGCUGGUCUUAAGUUUUCGUUCCUUUGUUUAGUUGUAUCCGUUAUAUUGUUUUUAUUGGGUUUAGGAUUGUACAUUGAUACAACAAACCCAUUUUUAAUGCAUUUAGCCUCCAAACUUGGUUACGAUAAACAGCAAUACGCUGUGAUUGUGGAUGCAGGCUCAACGGGAAGCCGCGUGCUCGCUUAUAAAUUUAAUCGUAGCUUUAUAGACAAUAAAUUGAUUUUAGCUGAAGAACUGUUUAAAGAACGUAAACCGGGACUUUCUGCUUUUGCCGAUAAUCCUGAGAAAGCUGCUUUGUCUAUUAAAUUACUACUGGAUGAAGCAAAAGCGUUCAUACCCAAGGAGAAAUGGUCAUCUACUCCGUUGCUAUUAAAAGCUACUGCCGGCUUGCGUUUAUUACCGCACAGUAAAGCAGAAAAUCUUUUAAAUGUCGUACGUGACCUGUUUACCAAGUCAGUAUUUAGUGUAGAUAUUGAUGCUGUCGAGAUAAUGGACGGUACUGAUGAGGGUAUUUUUUCAUGGUUUACGGUGAAUUUUCUUCUGGGCCGACUAUCGAAAUCUAAUCAGGCUGCGGCAUUAGACUUGGGCGGUGGAAGCACGCAAGUAACUUUUGCACCGACUGACCCUGAACAAGUGCCACUUUAUGAAAAAUAUAUGCACGAAGUGAAAAUUAGUUUGAAUAAAGAAAUUAACGUGUUUACUCAUUCUUAUUUAGGCUUGGGCCUAAUGGCAGCCCGUCACGAAGUCUUUACAAAGGGUUACAAUCCGGAAGAGACAAAUAUUGAAUCCGCUUGUGUUAAUCCCAUAAUAAGUAAUCGGACUUGGCUUUACAAUAACAUUGAAUAUAAGAUAAGUGGCAAGGAUUCCGGUAAACCAUCGCAAGAAAAUCCUGUAGUGGAUUUCGAUGUAUGCUUAGAGUUGAUAAAGAGCAAAGUUAUGCCUAAAGUGAAACCCAAACCGUUUUCAUUGAAACAGCAUACCAUAGCAGCCUUCAGUUACUAUUUUGAAAGGGCGAUAGAAUCAGGUCUCAUAGAUCCAUUUCAGGGCGGAGAAAUUACCGUAGAAUCGUUUCGAAAGAAAGCUUUGGAGGUUUGCCAAACUCCAAAUGACGAACAGCCGUUCAUGUGCUUCGAUCUAACUUAUAUAUCAGUGCUGUUAAGAGAGGGCUUCGGAUUAGCCGACAAAAAAAAGAUUAAACUGUAUAAACAAAUAGAUGGGCACGAGAUCAGUUGGGCAUUGGGCUGCGCUUAUAAUAUUUUGACUAGUGACGACAAAUACAAUUCGUAAGGUUUUAUUACUACCCUAGCUAAGCAAAGUAAAUCAUUCACUGGCUUAUGUGUACAUACGGCUCUAUAUAUGUAUAUAGUUUUAUCAACGUAUAUUUAAUUACUUAAUAAUUGGACGUAUAAAAUUACAAAUUCUUUAUAAAUAGCAAACAAGUAUAUAUAUAAUAGUGUAAUAGUGCCUUAGAGUUUUCACACAUAUGCAAAAUUCUUCAGAGAAGCUGUCCUCUUUUUUUAAAGUUUAAUCAACUCUUGUCACAAUAUAAUAAUAGUUUUAAUUUUU